AUGCCUCGCUGGACCUUUGAAACCACGCCAGACACAUUGUCCAAGGCAGAAAAGGACACCCUCGCCAAAGCCAUAACCGACAACUACGUCAACCUCGACAUCCCAGCCUUCCUCGUCAACGUCUUCUUCCACGAAAACCGAAUCGGCACCUUCUACAGCGGCGGGAAGACGCCCCCAAACACCGUCUUCUUCGGUAUCGACCACGCGGCUCGCUCCUUCGCCAGCGAAGAGGCUCGCCUGUCUUUCAUUGAUAGUGUCAAUACCAUUGUGGAACCGAUCCUGGGACCCAAGGGCGUCAAGUGGGAAUACAACAUCUAUCAACACCCUGCGGACAGCUGGCGGGUGAACGGCAUGAUUCCACCAGUGCAGCAGGAGGAGAUCUGGAAGCAAUGGAUGGAUAAGGAUGCGGCGGUGCGGUAUGGAGCGUACACUGACACAGACAGUGGAUAG